AUGGUCCCUGCUUGGGUCUUGCUCAAGCGCGAGAUUCUCUUCGAGCACGACGCGUCAGCUUUCGGCGGCAAGAGCCAAGCAGCACAAGACUCCAUGGGCGGCCCGAGCGACUCGAUGCGCCGCCCUAGAUCCAGCGAAGAAGGAGAAACGGUAAAGGUACCAAGCCGCCAAGACAUCAAAGAUGCCAUCCUCGUCUACCUGCAGAGUGUCAAACCAGAUGCACACUUCGCCAAUCCACCACAACUAUCCUCCCUGCGCUUACUGCGGCCGACGAAAUCCAUCCCGCAGCUAUGCGAAGACAUCUUCUCUGUUGUCAUCGCAAGCGCAGACAAGAAUCUGGUCGCCUUGUACGCUGGCCCUUACCGCCCCGGCAACAAUUUGAAAGGAGGCUAUCUGAUCUAUGACACCAGCAAGAACUCCCUCUCGGCGGUCCCCCAGCCCCCUUAUGACUACUCCCGUGCAGACCUUGGGCUUGGAUCUGUCGUCCUUUCCCUCAAGGAGGACAACUACCUUCUUGCUGAACUCACCAAGAAAAGAGGCUGCACCCCCCCUAAAGCUGCACUCUCCAUUUGGCGGCCGUCCGCCGCAGAGUGGGUCAUGUAUCCCGCCAGCUUCCCUCCUGAGCUUUGCCUGCCUAACUGUGUCUUCCAGGCCGACAUGUGCUUCUCGUAUCGAGGCUCAGUCCUCUGCUGGGUUGAUUUGUUCAAAGGCAUGUUGAUUUGUGAUUUGAUGCUUCACAGUGAUGGCCAACCAAAGUUCCGCUACAUUCCGUUGCCUCAGCAGUCUAUGGCCUAUGACCGGUUUGAACAUCCAUUGCGGCCAGAGGAGUUCCGUUCUGUUGCCUGUGUUGAUGGCAGCAUCAAGUUCGUCACCAUGGAUGGCUAUGGUCAGCGGCCGGGCAAUGAAUUAUCAUUGACCGCCUGGACACUGUCGACAGACCUCUGUCAUUGGAAUAAAGUCAAUGAGUGCUUUGUGAGGGACAUCUGGGAAAGCAACAACUACCUCCAGUCGGGCUUGCCAAAGAUCUUGCCGUUGUUCCCAGUGCUGAGCAUGAACGAAGAUGAUGUUGUCUACCUAGUCGUCACUCGUCGGAAAGUGGUUGGUUGUCAAGUGGAGUACAUGGGCCAGUAUUUGCUUAGGGUUGACAUGCAGCAUCACAAAGUCUCCUUCUGCCCACAAAAUACAGAACAGAUACGUUCCCAACCCUUUGCCAGCCAGUGCAGUGCAUACGUAAGCGCUUACCACAAGGGAAAGGUGAAAGCAAGAAAGGUGGAGGCAUGCAAGGAUAAAGAGUUGAUCUGGUGCACCUAAUCGUAGACUAGCCGUAACUAGUUGACAUUCAAGUGGAAAGUUGGUGAUGUGUUGAGAUCUUUGCUACAUGUUAUGUCAAAAUU